UCUUAGUUAAGCAAAAUCGGAUAUAGUCGAACGAAGCCAUUGUUAGAGGCAUUUGUCGUGAUUUAACGCAAACCUUAUUGGUUGAGUCUGCUUGUAGAGUGGAACGUUCAAUUGCUCUAAACCAUGGCUUGAUUUUAGAGUAGUGGAACAAAACACGAUACUAGGAUAUUAUAACAGGAGCAGAAAUGAAGAAUGAUAGCUAAACCUUACGUCAAUAUCAAGAAAAUAAACUGCGAGUUUUUAAUAUCAUCACAUCAUAGCAGUUGUAGCCAAGAGAACAGAUAUGACGCUGAAUAGCAUAUUUUCAAUAAAUAUGGAAUACAUUCGCUCCGUCAUGUCCAAUAUUAAUUAAUCUGAUUCUUGAAGUGGUUUAAUAGUAUGAGCCAUUGGAUUAUCUUACCCAGCAAUGUUAAAUUGUCAAGCACAUAGAUGUAAAUGACCAGCGGAUUUUGGAUAACAUAUAGAAUAGAAAUAGAAUAAGGUAGCCAGCUGGUUCUUUCACUAUGAUAUCAAAGACUAGUGUGGCCAUAGCCUUCCUGACAUUAUCCUGUUUACAAGGAACAAACACAGAGCUGAAUAUUAACAUAGAAAAUGUGACGAAUUGGGCUGAUAGCUUGGGAAAGACUCUGUGGAGUAAAGUCAUCGAUAAAGCCAUCAAAUAUCAAGUCCUCAAAGAUGAGUACACAAAUCGAGGAAAAGUACACAAAAGAGAUGGGCGCAAAUUAAGAGACUUCAUGAAAAAACAAAUGCAGGAUUUGAUGGAUAAAAAGAUUAAAGCUGUACAGACAUUAAAGGAUGCAGCUGAGAAGGCCUAUCAGAAAUAUGAUGAGCCUGAAAAUAUUGACCAGGUGCAGUAUUACAAUGCUAAGAAGUUGAAUGAGCCUGUGGAAAAACUUGAUGUUGAAGAAGAUGAGCUGUUAACACCCCUACUACUAAAUUCAACUGAGUAUUUUGAACAAAUCCCUAUAAACCAACAAAACAGCUCUAUCCAUGUUCCCACUAAUGUGUAUGAUAGAUCAAGGGAGAUAUUGCUAGGAGCUGACUGGUCCAAAGCAUUAGAUCCAGUGUUUGAGUCCAAUUGGAAUCAAGACAAGACUCUCACUUGGCAGUACUUUGGGAGCAAGGAUGGUCUCUUCAGGAAUUUUCCAGGCAUUAAAUGGGAGAAGAAGGGUGUUGAUAUGUUUGAUUGUCGGUACAGAGGGUGGUACAUACAAGCGGCUGCCACUCCUAAAGACAUCGUUAUUCUGAUAGACACAAGCGGAAGUAUGACAGGCAUGCGAAUGGAGAUCGCCAUUAAAACUGUCAAUAAAAUCCUUGAAACACUGGGUGAUAAUGAUUACUUUAAUAUUAUACACUUUGCAAAGGAGGCAGUUUAUGUGGAUACUUGCUUUAACAGAACACUGGUGCAGGCAAAUGCUGAAAAUAAAAUGCGAAUGCAGGAAAAGGUCAGGAACAUCACUACAAAGGAUAUAGCCUCGUUUAGAGUUGGUUUUGAAGAAGCAUUCCAACUUCUAUUGCGGAAUGAUACUGGAGAAGACAUGCCUAGUGCUAAAUGCAACAAGGCAAUUAUGCUGAUCACUGAUGGCAUGUCCGAUACAAAUGAGGCUGUCUUUGAAAAGUAUAAUUGGCCAGAAAAAAAUGUGAGAGUAUUUACAUACUUAAUUGGGAGAGAUAUUACAGAUCCCAAAAAUGUGGAAUGGACAGCUUGUGCAAACAAAGGUAAUUUCUCUCGCAUUGCCACAUUGGCAGAUGUACAGGAACAUGUGCAGGAUUAUAUACAUGUACUUGCAAGACCACUGGUCUACUCACGUUACAAUUACUCAAUAUGGACAAGCAUUUACAUGGAUGUGGCGAAUAAGCAGACGAUGACGUCUCUAUCCAUGCCUGUUUAUGAUCUCAAGACUACCAAGGUGGAACAACCUAGAGGGGAUUUACUAGGAGUUGUAGGAACAGAUGUCCCCAUGAAGGAAAUCAUUGAACUCAUGCCUUACUACAAGCUCGGUGUAAAUGGCUAUGUAUUUGCCAUCACACAUAAUGGAUAUGUUAUGAUUCACCCCAAUUAUAAACCUCUGGAUCAUUUUGGUGAGACACGUCCCAAGUACACGAGUGUCGAUCUUCAAGAUGUGGAAUUGCAGGUCAUGUACGACAUGGAACAGGAACAUGAAACUAUUGGAGAGUUGCUCGUGAAAAAAUUACGAAAUGAGAUGAUUGAUGGGAAGAAAGGGGUCAUGAAUAUAACAGUGACAUCACAUUAUGAUGAUAAGCCAUUUUGGAAGCGAUCUUCAAGAAGGAUCAAUCAAACAUUUUAUUACACAAAAAUAGACCACACACCAUUCAGCCUUGGACUGUCUCUUCCUCCAGGGUAUGGCCAUCAUGAAAUAAUUAGCAAGUCGAGAUACAUGAGUGGCUUUGAUCUUCAGGAUUACAUUUCAGAUGACAUUAUUUUAGCCGACUGGCCAUACUGUAUUGUAGACAAGCAAAAAACGAAUGUGAUGAGUGAGCGGGAGAAAUUAGAAUAUUUCCUCGACAAAUCUAUACCCAAGAAAUGUGAUAGAGAUAUGUUGGACCAGGUGAAGUUUGACCUCAAGGUCACAGCGAUUGUCUCAAAGGCAUGGGCAGAUAUGAAACAAGGAAAUUGUGAUGCACGUGGUGGGCGUAAAAAUAAACGUUGUAGACUGGACCGGCUAUUAAGGGAUGGAGCCUUGGAACAAAUGUUUGUUGCCACACCGUCUGGCUUAACACGCUUCCAGAAGUUUGAAGAGAACAUUACAGAACCCAUGUUUCUCUAUGAUAAUAGAAACACUAUCCUAGAGGACUACUAUAAACAUGCUAUUGAGGGAGGUCCUGGAAUUAUGUCUAUUACUGUACCCUAUCAUGCAGGUGACAUGUUUGAUCAGAAUGAGACAUUUGUCGCAACUGGCGUCAUCCCAGUCCACGUUGCUAACAAUGCAAAUGUGGCUGUAUUGGGAAUGCAGAUGAAGUAUGACAGUUUGGUGGAGUUUAUGAUGUCUUCUACAAGUAAUGGGGAAAUCCCAUGUGAUAGAGAGGAGCUUAUAUGUUUCCUACUGGACUCCAAUGGGUUUAUUGUUGCAGUAGAACCAGACUCUGAUAUGAUGUCUAAAGUUGGAUACUCAGUUUCAGAAUAUGAUGCCUCAUUGAAGAAUAGCAUGUUGGAAAAGAUGAUUUUCUUUUACCAUGAUCUUAGAGACAAGCAGGCAAUGUGUCCCAUCAUGAAAAAUGAUGAGUCAAGUGCCAGUCCUGGCAAACUUUUUAAUCCAAUAAAGUGGAUAUUCACUUCGCUUUCUUGGCUAAUUCAGGAGACAGCUCUGUUCAUGAUGGAGUUUAACAUCUACAGUUGGUGGAACAGCCUGAGACAUGCUGUCCAAGGUGAAGACAUUCCAGAUUUACCUGAAGGUUACAAGUGCCAGGAAGAGGGUGAUACUUGGACCAUUGACUUGUGUAGAAGAUAUUUGGAUACUGGCAAUACUAUUGUUGGAUGGAAAGAAUGUACAAAUCAGUCUCAGAUUCCAGUCUUAAACCCCAAUGCCUUCAGUUCUGGACCCGUUAAGAACACUAUCAAUCUAACUCAAUCGUCUUGUAAAAAAUUUAACAUUUCCGAUGGCUCCUUUUGCGAAACAUCGUGGGUUGCACACCGUGUACAAAACACCAAUCUGAUGCUGGUAGUCUUGGAUGCGACGUGUACUUGUGAUGACACUAAAACUGAAAAAUCAGAGCCAGUUCCAGAAGAAGUUGGCGAUGAUGAGGAAGUUUGCAUGACUCUAAAAAUGAAACAGGCAGAGCACAGGAAGCGACCAGAUGUCUGUAAAAACAAAGACCCUCAGGAAAAAGACAAAUGUUCAGCAUCUCUGUCCACAUCAUCUCUAGUGACUUUAUUCAUCUUAACAACAUUAACAGUGCUUCAUAAUUUACCAAUCAAUCGGUAGCAGACCGCUUUCCCAUAUUUGGUAUUAACGUGAUAGCGAAUCGCAGUGAUACAACAAGGCUUUAAUUGGCUGAAGGCUGUACUUCAGGAGAUGGCCUGAGAGGGUUCUCCUGAAGGAAACCUUGGGAGAACAUACAGAUAGUAACUCCUAUUCUCACUACAAGGAGAGUAUGCCACUUUGCUACAAAGGUUUGGAUUUGGAAUUUGGAAAGUCCAAAGCUCUUUUGGAGCCCUAUAUGUGCAAAUGGACUGACAGUGACUGUUCCUAUUGUUUCAUCAUAGAAAGAACUUUGUGUUGCCCUGGUUAUUAAAAUCCAUAAACUG